UGCAAAAACUCGGCACAGCUACUCUCACAAAGCCGAUUCAUCUUUCCCUCAUAUUGUUCCAUCCAGACUGCAGUUCUUUGAAUACGAGUCUUUCUUUCUAAACUGUGAGGGUCUUUUUAAUAAUUUGACCGAAUGGAGAGUGAGGAAGAAUAUCAAGGGAACUGAUACUAUAUGUAACAAUAAUUUGGAGGCAAAAAUACCCUGCAACAUUACAACCAGCUUUUCAGCAGACAGUGGAACAUACUGGUGUGAAGCUGAAGGAAAGAAGAGCAGCACCAUCAGCAUCCUAGUGACAGCUGGUCCUGUGAUCCUGGAGAGUCCUGCUCCUGUGAUGGAGGGAGAGGCUGUCACUCUGCGCUGCAGAAACAAGGAGAAGUCCAACCUUGAAGCUGGUUUCUAUAAAGAUGGCGUCUUCAUCAGGAACAGCUCUUCAGGAGAAAUGUCCAUUGACAGUGUUUCCAGGUCUGAUGAAGGACUCUACAGGUGCAAAUUCUUUGGAGUUGGAGAAUCAGCAGAGAGCUGGCUGGCUGUCAGAGCUGCUCCUGUGAUCCUGGAGAGUCCUGCUCUUCCUGUGAUAGAGGGAGAACCUGUGACUCUGCGCUGUAGAAAGAAGUCCUCCAACCUCAAAGCUGAUUUCUAUAAAGAUGGCUUCUUCAUCAGGAGCAGCUCUACAGGAGAGAUGAUCAUCCACAACGUUUCCAAGUCUGAUGAAGGACUCUACAAGUGUAAGAUCUCUGGAGCUGGAGAAUCAGCAGAAAGCUGGUUGGCUGUUACAGCACACCAAGAAGAAAGUGAAGAAAGACUUCUUCCUGACUCCCCUCGCGUCUUCUUCCUGCUUUGGAUAGUUGUCCCUGUUUUACUUUUGCCGUUUCUGCUGCUGUUGGUGGUGGGACCUCUCUAUAUGAACCACAGAGAUAAAGAUGACUCAUGGACUACAAUUUAUUACCAUGCUCUGAGCACAGGACCAAAGGUAUCAUACUGCAACACCAGUUCCCUCUGCGAGUAUCGACCUACUUUAAACAAAAGAACAUAACUUUUAUUAUGCAAUCAAAUCCGGAAAGACUGAUUGUUCUGGCCUACACUAUCUCUUUGCUCCAUAUUUUUGUAUAGAAGUAACUAUCCAUGUAGCAAUUUGUCCACAAUAUGGCACAUUGACCAUAUAUGGACCAGGCAUAGGUUAAAAAUGAGCUUUAAUGGUUCUCACGAUUAUCAUCUUCACAAGUCUUUAUCUGAGCUCUCUGACCAACUCAAAGCACGAGUGUCUUAUUGUGGAACUGUGAAACCACCUUGUUCUAUCUGCUCUGUUCUUGUACAGAGACGUGUACAGGAGCAGAGCUGCUGCAGACGGUAUUUAUACUCACUGUGGUCAGCUACCAACAUGAUGCCGAAACACUGAGUUUACAGUCUCUGUGACACUGUCAGUAGUAGUGUCCUUUCAAUAUAGUUAAUUGUAAAUGUGAUUAGCGGUUAGUAGUGGAAAAAAACUUGAUAAUACAGGACAUUUCCCAUGAAUGUAAAGAAGUCAAUGGCUGAUAAAGCGUGGAAAUGGGGAACCAGUGCAGUUGUAAUAAAGAUCAAGCUUCAUAUAA